AUGUCCUCGAGAGACCCCAUUGAGGAGGUGCUGGACAAUGCAUUUCCAGAGCAUACAAAACCCCCGCAGGUUUCCGAGCCGGGAGCUUCCCACGUUCCCAGCUCGCAACAAAAACCCUCUGACUCAAUUUCUUCUUCCACAAGACAGUCCUCAUCUCAGGAUAAUGACCCAGAACACCUGGGAUACCUAGAGAAAGAUAACAGUGACUCGUACGCACCAAGACCAUUCACUGGCUCAGAUAUGGAAGCUCAUCGUCGACCAUCAACGGAAACACACUCUUUUGCGGACGAGGAAUUAUCCAGAGAAAUGAGCCGGCGGUUGACCAACGCCGAUGAACUCCAAAAACUUGCAUUAGAAUCCAAGGAGCCUCUUCCUAGAAUGGGUGGCGGUAAAGACUAUCCGCCUAUGCUUUCCAAGAGAGAUCCUUACGCGGUCGCGUACGAUGGGCCGGAUGAUCCGCUAUUUCCUCAGAAUUGGUCCCUCACCAAAAAAGUGAUUUGUUGUGUUAAUGUUGGCUUGAGCGCAUUAAGUGUUUCUCUUGGGUCCGCUAUGUUUGCUGAAGGUAGUGCUCAGCUCCAGGAACUCUUUCAUGUUGGCUCCACGGUUGCGACCUUGGGUACUUCGCUCUUUGUUUUUGGAUUCGCAUCUGGCCCUGUUAUCUGGGGUCCAAUGUCUGAGUUGUAUGGAAGAAAGGUCGUUCUUCUACCCUCCAUGCUUGGGUAUGUCUGCUUUUGUAUGAUGGUUGGCGCAGCUAAAGAUAUCCAAAUGGUAAUGAUUUGCCGCUUCUUUGCUGGUUUUGUUGGUGCUGCUCCUUUGGUCGUGGCGCCAGCAGUCUUGGCUGACAUUUUUGAUGCGAAAAGCAGAGGGAAGGCCAUGUCCAUUUUUGCCAUGGUUUUGUUUGGCGGUCCAAUGUUGGCUCCUAUAAUGGGCGGAUUUAUCUCGAAGAAUCCUCACAUGGGAUGGAGAUGGACUUCUUACAUCGCAGGCUUGAUUGGCGCUUUAUCCCUAAUAUGCAUCAGUUUUCUUUUGGAUGAAACUCAUUCCGGAAUCAUUCUAAUCUCUAAAGCUGAAGUCUUGAGGAGAAGAACAGGAAAUUGGGGUAUCCACGCACCUCACGAAGAGACUAGCUUGUCAAUUAAUGAGAUAGUUGAGAAGAAUAUUUCCAGGCCAUUGGUCAUGUUAUUUACUGAGCCAAUUUUGUUUUUGGUGACCCUUUAUAAUGCUUUUAUCUACGGCUUGCUUUACUUGUUCUUGACAGCUGUGCCCUUGAUUUUCAUGGGUAGGUACCACUGGCAACAAGGAGUGGCUGAAUUACCCUAUAUUGCAAUGUUCAUUGGUACAUUCAUUGGAGGUCUCAUAGCAAUCUACAUGGAAAAAGGCUAUAUUAGAGCCAUGGAAAAGAAUAAUGGAGUUCCAGUUCCAGAAGCAAGAUUACCACCGAUGAUGGUUGGUGGCUUCUUUUUCGCCGCUGGCCUUUUCUGGUUAGGGUGGGCCGGUGAUUUCCCCGAUAAGGUCCAUUGGAUUGUUCCCACAAUAGGGACUGUCCCCAUUGGUGCCGGCCUUCUUAUGAUUUUCUUACCGUGCUUGAACUACAUUAUUGACUGUUACUUACUUUACGCCGCCUCUGCUUUGGCAGGUAAUACCUUUUUAAGAUCUGCGUUUGGUGCAGCUUUUCCAUUAUUUGCUCGUCAAAUGUUUGUCAACAUGCAUAUCAAGUGGGCUGGAACCUUGUUGGGCUGUGUUGCCGUGGUGAUGAUACCCGUGCCCUUCUUAUUCUACCACUAUGGAAAGAGGGUCAGAGAGAAGUCGAAAUACGCAUUUGUUAUUUAA